GUACGUUAUGCUGGGGAAACGAUUGAUCUGUUACAUCAGCUCCUCAAUGUCUAGAACGUCUCGGCGAUUUGUUUCUGAUAGAGCCAAUGAUACAGUGAGAGUGGAGGUUCUCAGAGACAAGCAUGUUCGUCUGAUAGAGAUUGAACGUCCACAUGUAAGAAAUGCAGUGGACCCACCCACAGCCAAGGCUCUGUACACAGCCUUCCGUGAAUUUGAUGAGGACAAGGAAUCUUAUGUUGCUGUGUUACAUGGGACAGGUGGACAUUUUUGUGCUGGCUAUGACUUGAAAGCAUUCUCAAAAACUGAUGGUACAGAAAGUGGCAUAGAACAUCCAGAAGUGUCAGAUAUGGGGCCCAUGGGUCCGACCCGCCUCGAACUUUCUAAACCAGUGAUUGCUGCUGUUUCUGGAUAUGCUGUAGCUGGAGGUUUAGAACUUGCUCUUAUGUGUGACCUACGUGUUGUUGAAGAGUCUGCCAUUAUGGGUGUCUUCUGUCGCAGAUUUGGUGUACCACUGUUAGAUGGAGGAGCGGUUCGACUUCCUUAUCUCAUUGGAUUGUCCCGAGCAAUGGACCUUAUACUGACCGGGCGACCAGUGGGUGCACAAGAGGCCCUCAAUAUGGGACUGGCCAACAGAGUGGUCCCUACUGGUACAGUCCUUGAUGAAGCCAUCAACCUUGCUGCAAACAUAGCACAAUUUCCUCAGAAAUGUAUGAGAACGGAUAGGCUGUCUGCACUCCACAGUAUGUAUGCUGCCAAAAGUCUGAAAGAGGCAUUAAAUCACGAGUUCUCUCAUGGUAUCAAGGUCAUUCAAGGAGAAAGUCUUCCAGGGGCAAAGUCAUUUGCAGAAGGAACAGGUAGACAUGGCAAAUUCCCAAGUUCCAAGUCAGACCCACCAUCAAAGUUAUGAGGAUAUAUGCACUACGUAAUUUACUGUAAACCAGCAUUCAUCUGUGUGUGAUUUCCAUUCGCAGAUUAAGGAUGGAAAGAAAUUUGUGAAAGAUAAUUAUAACAAAGAUGGAUAGUAAUAAUAAACACCUAUUUUAGUAUACUAUAGUCUUUUUAAGAAAAGUUAAUUACUGUGAACUUGUGAAGUUGUCUACCGAGAUAUCUUCAACAGGUAUAGUGACAACCCACGAGAGAUAAAAUAAAAUCAGGAAAGUUCAAA